CAGACGUGGGCCGAGCGGAAUGGGAUAAAGAGGACAGCGGAAGAGACGAUUUUAGUCUCGAGGUUUUUAUGGUCCUCGUUGGUUUGGAAAAAAAAACAUGAACACCUCAAAUUCGUCUGCGAGUAUGAAAGCUGAUGCGUUCAGUGGCGAGAUCCUGCAAAACCCACUUCAGGCUUAUCUUCUGGGAAUCAUUGUCUCCAUCUGUGGGAACGUGCUCAUCAGCAUCUCCCUCAACAUACAGAAAUACACCCAUGUGAGACAGGUCCAGCGUGGCUCUAAGCCCUACUACACAUCUGCCCUCUGGUGGAUGGGGGUGAUCCUGAUGGGAGUGGGUGAACUGGGGAACUUCGCUGCUUAUGGAUUUGCCCCUGCAUCACUCAUCGCUCCACUGGGCUGUGUGUCUGUCCUAGCCAGCGCCGUCAUAUCUGUUGUUUUCCUGAAGGAGACGAUUCGCGCCUCAGACAUACUGGGCGGGACUCUGGCAAUCACAGGAACCUAUCUUCUGGUGACCUUUGCCCCCCACAACAUCUCCUUGGUAACAGCUCAAAUGGUCCAUUACUACUUCAUCAGCUGGUACUUCCUGGUUUACAUAGUCAUUGAGAUCUUACUAUUUGCCUUGCUUCUGUUUCUGUACAAGAUAAAGAAAAUAAAGCACAUCGUGAUUGUGAUGCUCCUGGUGGCCUUAUUAGCCUCUGUAACAGUGAUCUCAGUUAAAGCCGUAUCAGGGAUGCUCACUGAGACCAUAAAGGGAAGCCUGCAGCUCGUUUACCCCAUCUUCUAUGUCAUGUUUGUGGUCAUGGUCGCCUCCUGUGCCUUCCAGAUCAAAUUUCUGAACCAGGCCAUGAAAAUGUUUGAUGCAACUGAAGUGGUGCCAAUCAACUAUGUGUUUUUCACCACCAGCGCCAUUGUAGCAGGUAUUGUAUUCUAUCAAGAGUUUGAAGACCUGGCUAUGAUCAACAUCUUAAUGUUUGUAUUUGGUUGUCUUCUGUCCUUUGUUGGAGUCUACCUAAUUGCUCGAAACAGACCAAAGAUAAAGCAAGAAACUGGAAAUUUUAUUCCAAUGGAAACUAUUCCUGGGAGAAGGCACAUCACCAAAGUGCAGCCCGAGGCGAGUGCGCUGCCAUACGGAUCACUGGCAGACAAACUUAUGUGCAACAGACCAGGCCCGUCUGACGAUUCAUAAUACCCACUCCAUCUGUGCAACUAUGGGUGCACUAGGGCUCUAACCAGGCACUGCAUAGAAGUUGUAAAGGAGAAUUAAACAGGAAAUGGCAGUGUUGCUAAAAAGCCCAAAUGCACAAUGGAUAAAUUUUGUCUAAAGUACCAGAUUUCCCAUAAAUUUAAUACAAUUUAAUUAAUUGAAACUGAUUAAAAAGACAGU